AAAAGGAAGUAGUGGAAUAUCAGACCCAACGCAAGAUUAUUUAUUGAGAAAAUGUUCGUGCUUGUGUAUUUGUUGUCAUGCUUGACACUCGUCACUGCAGCUAUUACAGAAGUACAAUGCACACAUCAGUCAGCCAGCAGAGAUUACUGUCUGGGGGCCCUGCAUGCUGUUUGGAAACAACAUGAAUUGUGAAAAGUACUAUACAAUGAAAAAAGACUCAUCUAUUUAUGGUUCUCACUCACUGAUGGCUUUGGCAACAUAUAUAAAUGGACAAACGCCAUUUCCUGAGUUCAGUGUUGUGCUGAUGUUAGAUGAUGUGCAAAUCGGAUAUUAUGACUCAACAACUUGGAAAGUUGUCUAUCGCUCUCACAGUGAAUCAAAAUACUAUGAUGAAGAGCAAAGUGAUGCUGGUGUUGUACUUCAAUAUCUGUAUGACAACAUAAAAUAUGAGACAUUAUAUUUGAUAGAUCACUUCAAUCACACAGGUCUACUUAAGUCAUGGGAUGCUUUUGAUCGACAAAAUAUGGCAGAGUUCACCUUUGACAUGGAAAAAAAUGAAAUGAAGAAUAAAAUGCAAUUAAUGAUAACAUGGGACCAAGCAACACAGCUUCAUUCAAAGUUCAUGCAUCAAAAUGUUUAUCAUCCUAUUUGCAUUAAAACCUUGCGGAGGUACCUGAGUAUGGAGAAGAACAAUGUGAUGAGAAAAGUGAAACCCAGAGUCAGACUCAUGAGGAAGAUGCUUUCAGACUCUCAAGGGCUUCAGAUCAGCUGUCUGGCCACUGGUUUUUACCCCCGUCACAUUAACCUGACCCUGUUCAGAGAUGGUCAGCCUGUGGAUGAUGAUCAGAUCACAGGAGGAGAGAUUCUGCCCAACGGAGACGGAACUUACCAGAUGAGGAAGAGUUUGGUGAUCAGUGAAGAAGAGCUACGUGAGGAACAUAAAUACAACUGCACAAUGAAGCACCUCAAUCUGGACAACAAACUGGACAUCACGUUUGAUGUGGAUGAAUCUGACCCAGGAUCUUUCAGUCUGUCUGUAGUUCUCGGUGUGCUGGUGUGUGUGGCAGUGUUCAUCACAACUGCACUCAUCAUAUGGAGGAGGAGAUGUGCUGCUGGACAAGGAUCUGAGACGUCAAAGAGUGAUUACUCCCAUACUCCAUCUUCCUUGCGAGAUGAAACAUAAAAAAGAGAGUCUACAUUUAUAUUCAAACUUAAAAAGUCAUAGCAUUUGCUUGGUUGAUGUCAUAUGAUAAUGACAUUCAAAUUAUAUUUGAUUGAAAAGAACAAAGGAAUGUAAUAUAGACACAGAACAAUAGCAUAUAGUGUAUGGUAUGCAAUAUAAAAUGUUGAGCCUGUUUGGCCUGAAAUCAUAAUAUUGUUUAAGAACAUUGUCUCCUGCUGUGUUGUUGUGCAAUAUUUGUAUAAUAGUGAUUUUAUUUUAUUAUUUUACUUUUUUGUUCACUGUCAUUCUGUUGGUUUCAGCUUUGUAUGGUUUUAUAGACAUUUACAUGGUUUUUCGGAGUAAUUUGGCAUGUUUCAUAAAAACUUUCAGUGUCAUGGGAUAUUCUUUCCUUUCAGUGUCAUGGGAUAUUCUUCCCUACAGCAACAGGGCACAUGACUCAUCUAGUGCUACAUGACACUGCUUAGGACUCAAUAUUCUUGAAGUUUAUUGUUUUCACUUUCCUUUUGAGACAGCACACAGCAUGGAAAAGUUAUUGGAAAGAG